AUGGAUCUAAUGAAAAACUGGAUUCGUCACCAUGUACAUGCGGCCCUUGGGUUCUACUUGGACGAUUUACCGGAUGAAAGAAGCUUUCGACAGACUUGCUCCAAAUUCUCCGGCUCGGAGAUGAACGACCAUUAUGUUCGAAUCAAGAUUAAUGACCGACAAGCGGUUCAAGUAAUCAAAUGGCGGGAUUUCACUUCCCCUAUAGAGGCAGUUCUCUCGGAUUCUUUCUCCAGCAUCAAUGCCCGAUUUUCAGACGAUUCGGUGGCAAGAUAUGUGCGCGAAAAGAAGGCCGGUAUUCGGGUAAACACGAAGGGAGCUCUUAUAAAAAUUACCGAUUUUGACGUUCUUGUGAGCCGAAAGUCACGUUCAGUCCCUGUUAUCCUACUCUAUAUUCGGCAUUUUGAAGUUCUAGGUUGUGAAGGGACAGGGAUGUUUGGUAGCCCCCGUCACGUCUCGAGCUAUCCAACAAUAUCGGCUUUAGCAAAAGAAUGCCAAAUAACCCAAAAGAAUGCCGUCGAAAACUCCCUGGAUACUUCAAUAGUACAUUUGCAACAACCAAUCCUUGAUGAAGAUAGUCAAGGGACGGACGUCCCUGAGUCGUGUUCCACGUCUCAGGCGGCAUUCUCAACACAAGUCGGACAGAAUAGAGGGUUGAAAUUCGAAAAGCAACAAAUAUCUUUUCCCUUGAACUCCCCAACUUACCUAUCCGCUGAUACCCUGCUGAGCCUUCUGGCUCCCCAUGGGUCAAAACUCACCGGUGUCGUUACUACACCACGGCAAACGUCAGCCGCUGAAAAAUUUCCCCAUAGUGUAAAUACGAUGCUACCUCCAUCAAUCAGAAACUCUUGUGCUGUCACACCUCGCGGGCGUGGGAAUUCCUCAAUGGAUUCGAUGAAAGCGCUCAGCUCCGAAGAUGAAGAGGAGUCCUUUGAACUCUGCGUUGGGAAGCAAAAGUCUUCUACCAAUGACGACAGUAUAAUUCAAUCUUCAUCAUUGGCAGCUGCACCAAAUUGUACAAGUAACAGUCUAGUCACUAAGCUAACUAAUCAAACCCUAGCAUCUGCAACGCUGGAGCCCCAACCCACAGAAGAGGCACCCAAUGAUGCGGACCCAUGGAAUGGCUGGAGCCGUAUCAGCUGGCGGGACAUCUUUAUCCCUAGGGAUCAACAAGAGUUGAUCGAUAACCUUGAUUCCUGGGUUCCGCCCGCAGCAGGCCGAUCCUUGCCCCCCGGGCGUGUUCCCCUAGCACUACUCCAGGAGUGGAAUAACAAACAAAUUAAACGCAAAGCGGUGAAAGAUGCAGUGCAAAACAAGAAUAGCUGCUCCCCCAAGCCUGGGGCAUACGAGAAACAGUUCGCGUCACUAGGUUCUAUGUCGCCUUUAACAUCAAGCCUACCUCCUGCCAGCGAAUUUGACGAAGAUAUAUGGCCCCCAUCCCCAAUUGAUGAUCGUUGCGUUCCCCCUGAUAGUAGCCCUGGAAAAUCUCCGAUUCCAAAUCGAGGUACAAUUCGUGAUAUACGUACAACUCAGCAAGCUGAUGACCAACCUUAUACUGCUACCCACAACGCACAAAAGAUAUUCGUAUCACAAAUUCAUCGUCCUGGUUUUGUUGAAAUGAGCGGAAUAUCGGCAGCACCCGAGAUAACAUAUUCUGACAGCUCUGAUAUUGAAUAUUCUAUUCCAAGGGGGCUUGAUACCUCCACCCAGGAAAAUCAAUCAGGUUCAGUGCCCUGUUCUGGUCUUUCUCCUCCAGCACUUAGACCCGUCUCUUUUACACAAGUGCAACGUUCACCUGAUAUUGCUAUUAUCCGUGCUCAAAGUCGAAUCAAAACCGCUUCGUUUUCGGGCCCAGAAUGCCAGCAAGAUGGUCCAAUCCGAUCUAGCUCAGAUAUAGUUGUCCCCGCUACUUUCGGCAGUGUAAGUACAGCACAGCAAUCCUUGCCUGCAAACAGUAUGCAGAAGGUAACAGAAGCCACCACACAGUCGUCCGCUUCGAAUGACACUACCAGUGACGGUUUUGAGGCAAGUCAACAGUUAGUCUCUGAGUUAGGCAGCUCCAUUGCAUCUCCUGACUCACGACUGUUGAGUACUUGCUCUGUUAAUGCCUCUCUUCCAGCAAACAGUCGGGGUAUGAGCAUCUUGCCACAGUCUUCACGUACUGAUUUAGACCUUGUAUCCAAGGAGAGAAUAAAGCGAAACAGGGAUAGCUGCUACAUUCAGUCACCUUCUGCCAAGCGCAGAAUUGUUGAUACAGAAGCAGACCAGACCCAUCAACCAUUAAGAAGAAAUAAAAACCCAGAGAACCAGAUACAAGUUGUCAGCAUUCGGCAAAAUUUCUUUUGCAGGGCAUUGUCUUCCACUGAGGUUGAUAAAAUCUUCCAUAAAUUUAAACAAGCGUACAGCUCUUACAGCGGCAAUUUUCAUGCUUUCAUUCAUUCCUGUCUCAAACUUCUAUCACUACGUUCAAAAGGAUUCCUAUCGAAAUCCAUACUGUGGGACGAUUUUGUUUACCAGGAGGCCGCUCAAUACCAAGAUUAUAUCAAGAAGUGUCAAAACCAAGAAACAUUACCGAUUCCUUAUGAACAAUAUUUUUUAAAAUAUAUUACAGUGCCUUCUCUCAGGAAACGGAAUUUGACUGGAAAAAGCCUAGAACUUAUCCUCAGACUGAGUCCAGAUAUUCACGAGAAUUCCAGGGAUCACAUUAUAUCAAGGGCAGAGACAAUCUUGGAGUCAAAAGUGGAUGGAUUAGUCAAGGAUAGUAAUCUAGAAAUAUACCAGGAGAGAAGUCCUAGCGAUUCCAUUAUUGUUGAGGCAAAUGGACUGGAUAAGAGAGGAGGCGAUAGACCGGACUCGCUUUCCAUUCCUGAUAGUGAAGAAUGGCAUGGCUAUGAGACUCAUGAAACUGCCAGCGUGGAGCUUGGUGAUACAGAUGAUUCCAGGGUUUUUCAAUCUUCUCAAAAGCUGAGCUUCGUCAACUUCGAGCAAACGUAUAUGGAGGAAGAGCCGGCAGGAUACUUGGGAGGUGAAGAAACAUCUUCUCAUAGUAGUAGCGAGAACAGUCGCCGGACCCUCAAACCUACAGAGACACCUGCUCAGGGGUCAGAAAAUGCCAUCGAGAGUCAGAUAUUUCCACCGAACGUCAGUAGGGACAAGAAUCAAUAUUUCGCUGUUGAUUCAGGUGCAAUGUUGAAUGGCCCAAUAGCACAGGAGGAACGUCCUAUUGAUGAAGCAUUUUUCACCACAGAAUCGUUAUACCCUCCUUAUCGGCCCCCCAAAGUCUCUACCAAAAAGCAGUGUAGCAGUUCCACAACCGCUGAGACUUCAACCCCAACAUCGAAUUAG